AACUUUAGACUUUAAAUAAAGAUCAGUAUCUUUUUAAUUUUAUUACAUUUUGUUUUAUUUACCUUUUUAUGAAAAAGCUUUCUUUUAAUAGAGCUUACUACAGAUUUAUAAGGACUUGGUCUUCGUUGCUGACUAGUUAGUCACAAAAAUAUUUCGUUCAUAAUAACAUCGGAAUGAAGCUUAUUGAAAGUUGUGCCUCAAUUAUUAUGGUAAUAAUUCAGACCUUCCAUUUAGCUCAGUCUUCGGAGAUGGUGCCGCCCAAUAUUGUUAUUAUUAUGGCUGAUGAUAUGGGUUUUGAUGACGUAAGCUUUCGUGGCGCCAAAGAGUUUAUAACACCAAAUAUCGAUGCUUUGGCUUAUCAUGGUAAAAUCUUACAUCGAUUGUAUGCGCCGCCGAUGUGCACACCUUCUAGAUCAGCCUUGUUAACCGGCUUGUAUCCGUUUCAUACAGGUACUCAACAUUAUAUAUUACUUAAUCAGGAACCAUGGGGUCCUUUGACAAAGUUCAUUACAAUGCCCGAAGUAUUUCAGGCUCACGGUUAUUCGACCAAUUUAAUCGGGAAAUGGCAUUUGGGUAUGGGUCAUAAACAAUUCACUCCCACCUAUAAUGGGUUCGACUAUCAUUAUGGUUACUGGGGUGCUUUCAUUGAUUAUUAUGAUAAGACAUCUAAAAUGGAGACUCCCGGCUUUAGUUUGGGUUACGAUUUUCGCCGUAAUUUAGAUUUAGAGUGCGAUAAAGGCAAUAAUACUUAUGUAACCGACUUAUUUACUGCUGAAGCGGAAAGAAUAAUUAUGCAGAAUAGUGGCUCGAAACCUUUGUUCUUACUGGUGACUCAUUUAGCUGUUCAUACAGCCAACGAGGAAGAUCCUUUGCAGGCACCUGAGGAAGAAAUUGAAAAGUUUUCCUACAUACAAGAUAUACGUAGAAGAAAAUAUGCAGCAAUCGUCUCGAAACUUGAUGAAAGUGUGGGUAGAAUCGUUUAUGCUCUGGAUAGGGCGAACAAAUUAAAUAAUACUAUAGUUAUUUUUUAUUCGGAUAACGGCGCGCCUACGGUCGGUUUGUUCAGCAAUACCGGUUCUAAUUGGCCUUUAAGAGGGCAAAAAAAUUCCCCUUGGGAAGGAGGUACACGUAUUUCGGGUGCCAUAUGGGCCCCUCUAUUACAAAAUCGAGGUUCAAUAUUUCAACAACCUAUGCAUGUCGCAGAUUGGUUUGCUACUCUUGCAGCGGCUGCUAAUAUUCAUUUAAAUCAAUCCCUGACAUUGGAUGGCAUUAACCUUUGGACCGAGCUAGUCACUAGCAAAACUGAUACUCCUCCAUACUCGGAAAGAGAAAUUGUGCAUUCUCUAGACAAUCAAGCCGAAAUGUAUUCUUAUAGCAAAGGACAAUAUAAAUAUAUCAAAGGGACAUCUCUUGAAGGCCGAUACGAUUACCAUUUAUCACAACGACCUAAAAAAAUAAUUGAUCCUCGUGAGAAGUAUUACUAUGAGAACAUAAGACAGUCGGCCACUUUUCAAGCUCUCCAGAAAUAUGAUGAGAAACCCUUAACCAAUUCAAGAAUGCACAAUUUGCGAGUGAAAGCCUCAGUGCAGUGUGAGGCUAAGAGUCUGAAACCAAAUAGCAAUUGCAAACCCUUGGAGGAGGAAUGUCUUUUUAAUGUCUGGAAGGAUCCAUGCGAGCAAAGAAAUUUAGCUCGUCUACACAAAUACGACAACAUAAUGAAAAGUAUGCGUGAGGAUAUACUGAAGCUAAAAGCCACUGCUGCACCCCCCUUAACUGGUAGAGGUUCACCGGAAUAUGAUCCGAGCCGAUAUGAUUGCACUUGGACAAAUUAUUUGGAUAUUUUUCCUAAAAAUUAUAUCUUGCCAUGUAACCGCGAGCUACUGCCUUGUUCAAGGAUUGCUUAAAAGACUUUUUCAGUC